CGGCAGGGGGGGCGCGCAGCGAAAACAAAGAUGGCGGCCGUGCCGGGGUCGGUGGCCGCGGCGGCUUCGGGGCGACGCGCGGGCCGGACCCACUGAGGCGGCGGCGCAGGGAGCGGGGCUGCGGGGUCGCGGCGGCGGCGAGAAGGCGGCGGGAGCGCGCGGCGCCCCUAACCUCCAGCCGCGGGUGCGCGCCGGCACCCGCCCGCCGGGCCGACCGGCCGCGAUGUCCGGCGCGGAGGAGGCCGGCGGUGGCGGGCCGGCUGCGGGGCCAGCGGGCGCCGUGCCGGCCGGGGCCGGGGUCGGCGCCGGGGUCGGGGUCGGGGCCGGGCCGGGGGCGGCCGCGGGGCCGGCGGCGGCGGCGGCGCUGGGCGAGGCGGCGGGGCCCGGGAUCCCGGACGAGGCGGGCCUGGCCGGCGCCCGGCAGCUGCAGGAGGCGGCCGGCGACCCCGACGCGCCGCCCAAGAAGCGGCUGCGGGCGGCCGAGGCGGCCGAGGCGGCGGCGGCGGCGGCGGCGGCGGGCAGCGGGAAGCUGGAGGAGCGGCUCUACUCGGUGCUGUGCUGCACCGUCUGCCUGGACCUGCCCAAGGCCUCCGUGUACCAGUGUACUAACGGUCACUUGAUGUGCGCUGGCUGUUUUAUCCACCUACUAGCAGAUGCCCGGCUGAAGGAGGAGCAGGCCACGUGCCCUAACUGUCGUUGUGAGAUCAGUAAGAGCCUCUGCUGCCGCAACCUGGCUGUGGAGAAAGCCGUGAGCGAGCUGCCCUCCGAGUGUGGCUUCUGCCUGCGUCAGUUUCCCCGCUCCCUCCUGGAGAGGCACCAGAAGGAGGAGUGCCAGGACAGGGUGACCCAGUGCAAAUAUAAGCGCAUCGGCUGCCCGUGGCAUGGCCCUUUCCACGAGCUGACGGUGCAUGAGGCUGCAUGUGCCCACCCAACCAAGACGGGCAACGAGCUGAUGGAGAUUCUGGAUGAGAUGGACCAGAGCCACCGCAAGGAGAUGCAGCUCUACAACAGCAUCUUUAGCCUGCUCAGCUUUGAGAAGAUCGGUUACACAGGUGGCAUCCCGCUGCGUGGGGCUGCACAGCCCUUGGGACAGUCAGUGUCUAAGCAGAAGGUGGGUGUGUCUUGGAGGGCCCGGCAGCUAGGGGCCUGCCCUGCGGAGCCAAAGGCAAGAAGAGCACUCAGCACAGCCGGUCCUGCCUGCAGGCACUGACUGCAGUGGCCACGGGCCUCCUGAGGCCAUCAAGAAGAUGCUCAGGGGCAGGGCUCCUGAAUGAGCUGAGGGUGCUCCGCUCAAAAUGCAGAGCUGGGAGUGGACGCCCGGGGACGGGCAGGCUGGAGCACGCCCAGGCCCACUGGAUCCCGUGGGCUCUCCUGGCCCCGGCCACUGCCUUUGGACACGCUGGGGAGCAGGAAGCAGGCCAGGGCCUGGUCCAGACACAGAGAACAGCGAGAAGCACCUGCUGCCACUGGGGCCACUGAGGGAGACCGCGGCCCUCUACGGCUCGGCCCACACCAGGCAGCCAGCUCAGAGCGUCAAGGGCGGGCUCAGGCAACCAGUCACACCACGCUGCCUGGACCAGGCCUGGCUAGGUGUGGGCCCGCAGGGGCCUGAGAGGCGAAGGGCCCCGCAGCCUCAGCAGCAGAAGGCCGUGGGCCCUGGUUAGUUGCAGCCUCAGCUGCCCCGGUGGGCGCCAUGGCACAAACGGUCCAGGCCUCACCUUGUGGGUCUGGGCAGGCUGAGGCAUCGUGAUCAUGGCGGUGGCCGGGCGGGGAUCCCCGUCCACACAGGAAGGACUGGCUGCCUCCGUGGAGGGACUCGUGGGCCGUGGGCCCCGGGCUGUGCUGAGAGAACUGUGUGACAGCACAGGAGCCCAGCACCGGGCCACAUGCCCGCGCUCUGCCUCGUGCCCCGGCAGGCUCCCGUGCCACGUGCCUGCCUGCCCGGCACCGCCGGCUUUCCUGGCAGCUCUGUAUCAGAACCAAUAAAGUGCACUUGUUCUCAGAA